AUGGCUGCAAAGAGAUUAAUAUUAAUGUCUUUGUAUAGCCGUCAUUCUUGCGUCCAUGCGUCACCGGCAUUGCCCCACGCACGCAGCUACGAUGUUUACGACACUAUGUACACGCAACCAACGCGGUACACGGAGGGACGGGGGCGUAGCUUAGCUUCACAUCAAUGGUACGUCCGAGUGCACGUGUUGGUUCGCGCCGCCAUGGAACAUUUCAUAGAAAAAGUAAAGCUAUGCCCGAGUUUGUGGGAUACGGGUCAUCUGCAUUAUAGAGAUAUUGUUAAGAAGGAUUCAGCUUGGGAACGUAUUGCCAAGGAAUGCGGAAUAGAAAAUGGCAGGGAAGCAAAGGCAGUGUGGAAGAAAUUGCGCGAUAGCCACAGAGAAGCCAUGCGGCGUCGCAAAACUUGCACGAUUCAGGCCGCGCAAAACUUCAAACCCUGGCGAUACGAAACCGAAAUGGAAUUCUUACUACCACAAGUAGAAAGUAGAGCUAGCUAUUUGAAUGUCUCAAAUGAUUCCCAAAUCGGAACUCCAACAUCACUCAGUGCUUCAGAAACAAGCACAAAUAACAAUGACAUGAGAUCGCCGGCUUCACCUACCGAAACCCCCGGCACACUUCUAAUUCCUCGCUCUACAGAAUCUGAUAGAAGAAAUCAAAACAAGCUCGAUACGGAAGAUUCAAUUACAAUUUCACAAAGAGAAAGAAGACGAGAGCAAAAGCAAUCCGAAAGGGAUCAAUGGAGAAGAAAUAUUAUUGACACUGAACGUUGUCAGCGAGAUGCACUUUCUAACUUGUUUACUAGUUUAUACCAGAAGACUAGAGAGCUUCCAACAUACUUACAACUGCGAGUGCAAAGAGAAAUGUUUGAGGCGGUUACUCGUGCUGAAGAAGAGGCUUUGUCCUUAGACUUUAGUCCGGCUUCGUCUUCUACGUCUACAUAUAGAAAUAUCUGUAUAGAAAAUAAUCAAAUAAGCAUAUUGCCUGAUACAUCACCUGUAAACAAGAUGUAUCUUUCACCAACAUACUCGAGCAGUCCAUUGUCUGAUGUUGCUACAGAAUAA